AUGGAGGGCGAGUGGCAGAAUCGUUGUCAAGCUUAUCGCUUCGUAGCCUAUUCGGCGGUCACGUUCUCGAUUAUCGCCAUCGUAGGCGCUGCCACCACUCUGCCUAUGGUGUACAAUUAUGUACACCACGUCCGGCGCACGAUGCAGACCGAACUGAGCUUCUGCAGAACCUCUGCUCGCGAGAUCUGGUCCGAAGUCGGUGGCAUGAAAGCACCUUCCAACCGUACUGCU